GCAAUCAUAUGCGAUCAAUGCAUAUAAUUUUAAUGACCAAAAUAUUGAUGGCAAUAUAGAGAUUGAUCAUGCCUUAGAGUUGAAUAUUUUUUUAGUAAAUUGUAAAUAUAUUUCGUUAUCUGUUUAUAUAUUUAUUGUCAGAUAUGAAUGUAAUAAAUGCAAUUAAAUAUUAUGUUACGAAAAUGACAGAAGAGAGUGGGCCAGGAAUGAAAGUACUGUUAAUGGAUAAACAAACGACAAGUAUAAUCAGUUUGGUUUUUAGUCAGUCGGAGAUAUUAAUGAAAGAAGUUUAUCUAUUUGAUCGCAUUGAUGCUGCUGUUCGUAAUGAAGGCUUAAAACACUUGAAAUGCAUUGUUUUUGUAAGGCCUACCGAAGAAAAUAUUAGACUUUUGUCCGAUGAACUUAGAUAUCCAAAAUAUGGAGUUUAUUAUAUUUAUUUUAGUAAUAUUAUUCCAAAGACAGACAUUAAGCUUUUAGCAGAAAAUGAUGAACAAGAGGUCGUUCGUGAAGUCCAUGAAUUUUAUGCCGAUUAUUUGGCUAUAAAUUCACAUUUAUUUUCAUUUGGUAUCAGUACAUGCUCUAAAGGACUGAAUUGGGAAAAACCAUAUUUUGAAAGAACAGUGCAAGGGAUAAUCGCUGUAUUAUUAUCAUUGAAAAAAUGCCCACUCAUACGUUUUCAAAAUAAUUCCGACAUGUGCAAACAUUUAGCUGAAAAGAUUCGUUAUGUAUUAAAUCAAGAAUCAAAUUCCUUCAAAUUCAGACAAGAAUCGCAACCAAUAUUGUUGAUUCUCGAUAGAAGAGACGAUCCAGUUACUCCUCUAUUAAAUCAAUGGACUUACCAAGCAAUGGUACAUGAAUUACUAACGAUUAAUAAUAACAGAGUAGACUUAUCCAAUGUUAAAGGUAUAACAAAGGAGUUAAAAGAAGUUGUACUUAGUGCACAACACGAUGAAUUUUAUGCUAAUAAUUUAUAUCUCAAUUUUGGAGAAAUUGGACAAGUCAUAAAAAGUUUGAUGGAUGAAUUCCAAAAAAAAGCAAAAAAACAUCAAAAAGUUGAAAGUAUUGCAGAUAUGAAAGCUUUUGUUGAAACGUAUCCAUUAUUUAAAAAAAUGUCUGGUACAGUUGCUAAACACGUGACAGUGGUUGGUGAACUCUCUACACUUGUUGCAAAUUACAAUUUACUUGAAGUUUCGGAGCUAGAACAAGAAUUAAGCUGUCAAAGCGAACACUCCACUCAACUACAAAAAAUUAAGAAGCUCAUUAAUGAUAGUCGAGUACGUGACAUAGACGCCACUCGUUUAGUUAUGCUGUAUGCUCUUCACUACGCUAAACAAACUAGUAAUGAUAUUGCUGGUUUAUAUUCAAUGUUAAAGAAAAGAAAUGUUCCAGAAAAAUAUACAAAGCUUGUAUAUAGUAUAUUAGAUUAUAGUGGAGUUUCCACCAAACAAAUAAAUUUAUUUGAUCGUGAAGCUGUUGCCAAAAUUACGAAAAAAUUAUUUAAAGGAUUAAAUGGUGUUGAUAAUAUUUACACCCAACAUACGCCUUUACUAACUGAAAUAAUAGAAGAUCUUAUUAAAGGAAAAUUAAAUUCUCAAUCAUUUCCAUAUCUUGGAAACACUGUAAUAACAAGAAAACCUCAAGACAUUAUAGUAUUUAUGAUCGGAGGAACAACAUACGAGGAAAGUUUAGCAAUUUAUAAUUUAAAUAAACAAAAUCCAGGAACAAAGAUCAUUUUAGGCGGUACAACAGUUCAUAAUUUUGACAGCUUUUGUGAAGAGAUUGAAGCAACAGUCGUUGGCACUAUUGCAAGGUAUAAACCGAGAAGUGUUAGAGAUCGAAGCGAUUUUGAUCAUAACUAAAAUAAAUAAUUUAUUGCCUUUUCUAUAUAUCUACUAAAAAUAUUUAUUUGUGCAAUCAUUCCAAUCACAUAUGUACAUAAAAACUAUCCUUUUAGCACAUAAAAGUCAUUAUAAUAAAUGUUUCAACAAAUUUA